AUGGCAAUGUUAAGCAUGGUACUCCAAAGACUGAAUCAGCGAUUUCCCAUCUGCGUGGGAUCUUUGCGGUUUGCCAGCAGCACCUUCAAGGCUUCAGAUCUCAACAUUGAGCGCAGCAAGAAAACCCGACCCAUACCCGACCCCUCUUCCCUGAUGUUCGGCAAGCAGUUCUCUGACCACAUGCUGACCAUUUACUGGUCGGAGACCGAAGGAUGGGAGGUGCCGCAGAUCAAGCCUUUCCAAAACCUAUCCCUGCACCCUGCCUCGUCUGUAUUGCACUAUGCCACAGAGCUGUUUGAGGGGAUGAAGGCAUUUAGGGGGGUGGACAACCAUAUUCGCCUCUUCCGGCCCAUGCUGAACAUGCAGAGAAUGCUGAGGAGCGCAGAGAGGAGCUGUCUGCCUGCGUUUGACCCAGGUGAGCUGCUGGAGUGCAUCAGGAAGCUGGUGGAGGUGGACCAGGAGUGGGUCCCGUACUCCGCUGAUGCAAGCCUGUACAUCCGUCCCACUUUCAUUGGCACUGAGCCAGCCCUGGGGCUGUCGAAGGCUGCCCAUGCUCUGCUCUUUGUGAUCAUGAGCCCCGUGGGGCCCUACUUCGCCACAGGCAGCUUCAACCCCGUGUCCCUGCUGGCAGACCCCCGCUUCAUCAGGGCCUGGAGGGGAGGUGUAGGGGAAUUCAAGAUGGGGGGGAAUUAUGGGCCGACGAUUGCUUUGCAGGAAGAGGCAGUGAAUCAUGGCUGUCAGCAGGUGCUGUGGCUGUAUGGAGAGCAGGAGGAGAUCACUGAGGCUGGCACUAUGAAUCUCUUCAUCUUCUGGACCAACAAGACAGGGGAGAGGGAAUUGGUCACCCCUCCCCUUGAUGGCAUCAUCCUCCCAGGGGUCACCAGGCAGUCACUGCUGGACCUGGCCCAAGAUUGGGGAGAGUUUAAAGUGACAGAACGUACCCUAGGGAUGAAGGAGCUGCUGGAGGCCUUGGAUUCUGGCCGGAUAUUGGAGGUGUUUGGCACUGGGACUGCCUGUGUUGUGUGUCCAGUCAGCAGCCUGUUUUACAAAGGAAAGAUGUACCAAUUUCCAACCAUGAAGAAUGGUCCAGCCAAGAGAUUUCAUAAAGAGCUUACUGAUAUGCAGUAUGGAAGAAAAAUGAAUGAGUGGGCACCAUUGGUUGUUUAGCUGCCA